UCUCUGCCUUAGUGCGUAAAGUUGGGAAGGGGGCUUCGGACGCACUGCGCAGCACUUAUUAUCCUACAGGCUCCAUGUGCGUCUCCUCUGCGGGAUACUUGACAGGGAUUUGUGAUAUUUUGAUGGCACUACCCGCGGGGGUCAUUGACAGAUGAAAACAGUGGCGUUUGGCGGAUGUUAAGGCGUUUUCACUCGAGAAGAUAAUUUGUCCCGGAGUGCAAAAAGGGACAUGGGUCAACUUUAUGGUGCGUCUCUUUUACCAUUUGGCGCUAUCUGUGUCGUUUUCCUCUGGGAAUCUGGUGCCAGCUCCAUCAGGACGACGCUUGCAAUGGACACCUCAGGAAUGGAGUGUCCUGAUAAUAAAAUCUUGACGGUGGAAUAUCCCUGCAUUAGGGCCGAUGGGAAGAAUGGCACUUGCUUCAGGAGGAAGUGCUGUAAAGGAUUCAGGUUUGUGAUGGGCCAGUGCAUACCUGAAAUGAGUUCAUCAGGGAAGUCAGAUACCUUGAUGAGUUCUGGUACCUGCUCAUUCACCUGUCAAGAUUUUAUGAACAUGAAAAAUAGUCUACUCCAGCUGAAACUCAAGCUGGGAAAUACACACUCACCCAACCAGGUACCUGGCUUGGCCAACAGCAGUAAUAAACCAAGUCUGGGACGAGCAGGAAAAAAACCUGAUGGCCCAUGCCUUUCUGGUCUUCCUGGCCCUCCAGGAGCUCCUGGCGUCCCAGGACACCCAGGGCAACCUGGAAUGAGAGGUGACCUUGGGGAGAGGGGCCCUCCUGGACCUCCUGGCCCUCGGGGAGACAUGGGACCCAUGGGGCCAGAGCCUGACCUAAAGCACAUAAAGAGAGGCCGCAGGGGGCCAGUGGGACCACCCGGGGCGCCAGGAAGAGAUGGAUUAAAGGGUGACAGAGGAGCUCCAGGUCCCAGAGGCCCACCUGGUCCACCUGGCUCCUUCGACUUUCUUUUGCUAAUGAUGGCUGACAUCCGAAAUGACAUAAUCGAACUGCAAGAGAAGGUGUUUGGGGAGCAGCGGGGAAUCUCUCUGGACAGCCCUCCUCAUUACAGUGGGGAAGCAGAUUCUGUCGAGUGGGGCUCUGGAAAAGGAGAUCACAUGCUUAAUACCUGACCUCUAACGUCCACCUCAGAGUAACAAUUACUUGAUCCCAGCAAACAACAUAUCAAUCCUGACUCUUUGCUAAGAGGAUAACAGAUGCUGGCGGUCAAAAUGUUAGCGUGUACAUAAUUCCUAACCUUAUGGCUGGGAUGAGCCAUGCUUGAACUCUCAACAAUGGUACAGACAGUAAAAGAGAGCAACUUAAAUUUUAAAAUCUGAUGCUUUGACCACUGCAAGCGUUGUUUUGCUGCCUUUCAAGUGGAUGUGAGAGUGAAGGGUGUGCGUGCAGGACAUGGAGUGAGAAAGAUGCCGCGUGAGCCUUUAUGUCUGAGUCUCUGAGCUGUGCCUCUGAGCAGAACCACUUCAAACGACCGACUUUAUCAUCUACAUCUCUUCCUGUUUCUGAGUCUGUUCACGAAAGCUCUGCUGUGCCACUCACAGUUUGCCUCCAGGGCACUGGUAUGAGGACCCAGGCCCUGCGCUGUUACCCUCCACGGCACCUGCCUGUGGCAUCCAGCCAUGAACACUGACUGUGCAGCUAACCUCUGAGGGGGUCUUCAGAAAAUAAAGAUAUAUGAGUAUGGUAUUGUUAAAAUUAAAAUGAAAGAAGAUCAAUUUUAAUAGAAAAUACAUUUAACACAUAGAAAUCACCUGGUAUGUACCACUUAGAAAUAAUACGAAGUGAUGUAAAUGAUUUUAAAAAGUAAAAAAUGGACACAUAAUAAUCUUUAAACUCACUUGUUUAAUGGGUUCAUUAUGAACAUGUUCAAGAAGAAUGUUGAACAUCUUUUAAAAUUGGAGGAUGAGCCAGCAAGACAGACAAGAAGACGGCUGGUCAUUUAUCUUAUUUUAUUUUAUUUCAUUUUAUUCUAUUUUUUUUUUUUUUAAGUAAAUUAUGAAAAGGGUAAACUGAGUGCUUGUCAAGGUUUGUCUUAAUGUAGUUAUUUUGUAGUUUUCAAUUUGAAUUUGUUGUCCAUCAGUUUCAAAAGAUGUAAUAAUUAGUUGGUUUUCAACAAAGCAUGUAGCAAAAGUUACAGAGGAGAAUGAGAGCCAUGUUAAAAAAAAACAUAUAUAUUACUGAUUAUUUUGAGAGUAAAGUCAAAAUGUCGAGAUUACAGCUGUUGUUAUAAGACAAACUGCCACAGCUGCUAUACUCUCUAAAAUGCCUUGGUAGAUGAGUUAGUGAAAAGAAACUGAUCAGUCAUCUUAUCGUGUCUUGUGACACAACAUUCAUGCUGUUUAUUGUAACCAUUGAUACCCUAACAUCUGUUCACUGCCAGCCAUUUCAUUUUGCCAAAUCCACUCUUCUGUGUUUGUGUGUUUUUUUCCAUCUGACCAGAAGCAGCUUUCUGCACCUUAUACUGAUCACUAUACUGUACAAUAUCAGUGGACAGCAAAAUCAGGAAGAAGGAGCACAACAAAAUAAAGCAGAUGUGGAAGUUAAAGCCCAAGAGGUCCCAAAAGAGUAGCGCCAGGAGCUCUAACUCCAGAAACAGCACACUACGCAGAAUUCUCAAAUUACACAGAGCAAUAAUAUAUACACAAAUAUAAAACAGCUAAUAAUCACCUUAAAUGAUCUAUUUUACUUCAGUUCAGCAUAAUAAAAUUUUUAUAUGAAAAAUAUUUUAACAAGGUUGCUAGGAGCAACCAGGAGCAGUCGCUAUCAGGAUUUAUCCUCCCCACAUGAAAAUAUGAACACAGUUUAAAAUGUGUCCACUAUAAGUAUGUCUGUGAAGGUUCUCAGUCAUCC